AUGCGCGUCUGGGCCGGGCCUGGCCGGGUCAGAGGUCGCGAGCGCGGGGUGGGGCGCCCAGAGGAGCCAGAGCCAGGGCCACACCUACAGAGGUUCACUGGGCGUGCCGUCCGUUUGGCGCAUGCGCACUGUGCUGGAAUGAAGCCGCCGGGCCCGGCUUUCCGCCCGCCCAGCCCAGCCCCGCCCCGCGGGUGCCAAUGCGCCUGCGCGUUCCCCGCCGCCGCCGCCGGCCCUCCCCCUCCCCUUGCCUGGCCCCCGCGGGGUUGCGGGUCCGGGUCCGAGUCCUGCCGGGACCAUGUUCGCCAGCACUGGGGCUCCAGCGGGCUCUACAAGGCCCCGCUGUCCAAGAGCCUCCUGUUGGUACCCAGCGCUCUGUCCCUGCUGCUGGCCAUCCUCGUGCCUCACUGCCAGAGGUUCUUUGUGUACGACCUCCAGGCCGUCAAAGAUGACCUCCAGAUUUGGAGGUUGCUCUCUGGAAGAAUAAUUUGUCUCGACUUAAAGGACACUUUCUGCAGCAGCCUCCUGAUUUAUAAUUUUAGGAUAUUUGAAAGAAGAUACGGGAGCAGAAAAUUUGCGUCCUUCCUGCUUGGCUCCUGGGUUCUGUCUGCCGCUGUGGACUUCCUGCUCGUGGAAGCUGUGAGUUACGCUUUUGGGAUCACCGCAGCCAGGCACCUGCCUUCUGGAUUCCUGGCACCAGUGUUUGCUCUCUUUGUCCCGUUCUACUGCUCCAUACCGAAGGUCCAAGUGACACAAAUCCUGGGCCCGCUGUCCAUCACAAACAAGACGUUGAUUUACAUCUUGGGACUACAGCUUUUCACCUCGGGUUCCUACAUCUGGAUUGUAGCCAUAAGUGGACUUAUUGCGGGCAUCUGCUACCACAGCAGAAUGCUGCAGGUGGACCGGCUCCUCAGCGUGCCCCCCUGGGUGGCCAGGUUCUUCUCCUGCACCCUCGAGCCUGUGUUCUCGUCGUCCGAGCCUGCCACCGAGAACCACGUGGGCAUGGGUGCCACGGUGGACAUCCAGAGGCAGCAGCGCAUGGAGCUGCUGGACCGGCAGUUGAUGAUUUCACAGUUAGCGCAGGCGCGGCGGCAGCGACAGGAGCAGGGAGGAAUGAUCAACUGGAACCGUCUCUUCCCACCUCUGCGCCAGCGGCGUAACACACAUUCUCAGGACGGACGUCAGCCCGAACAGCCAGCGCCCCCUCCCCUGGAGGUCUCCGAAGAACAGGUUGCCCGGCUGAUGGAGAUGGGGUUCUCCCGGGGGGACGCUCUGGAAGCUCUGCGAGCGUCCAACAAUGACCUGAACGUGGCUACCAACUUCUUGCUGCAGCACUGACCAACCUGGCCUGGCCCGGCCCGGCCCACAAUAUCUCCAAGGCCCGCAGGGUCCCUGGAGUACUCGGGGAGGGGAACGAGCUCGCUGUCGCCUUA